UUUUUUCGGAGCCUGUAAUUAUCCGCGGCUGAAGAAUGUCUCGUUCAAUUGAAAGUAUGCUAGGCCUUCUCAAAAUUCGAGUUAAGAGAGGCAUUGAUCUUGUCGUAAGUGAUGCGUUUAGCAGUGAUCCUUAUGUUGUAAUCACUCAGGGCAAACAGAAAUUGAAGACCACAGUGGUGAAAAAUAACUGCAAUCCUGUAUGGAAUGAGGACUUGACGCUUCCAAUUAGAGAUCCUAAUAUUCCAGUUCUUUUGACUGUGUAUGACAAAGACACAUUUAGUGUGGAUGACGAAAUGGGAGAAGCAAAUAUAGACAUCAGGCCAUAUAUGGAGUGCAUAAAAUUGAAGUUGGAAAAUAUUCCCAAUGGCUGUGCAAUAAAGAAGGUGCAGCCUACAAAGGAAAACUGCCUUCUCAACGAGAGCGGCAUCAUCUGGAACAAUGGCAAAAUAACUCAAGAUAUGUCCCUCAAACUGAGAAAUGUAGCCAGUGGUAUUGUGGAGAUCCGACUUGAGUGGCUUGAUAUAUAAGAGUUAAACAAAACUAUG